GUGCAAUUGGUUUUAGCGGCUACUUUUGUCAUGACGGGUAACGAUUUUUCCAUGCACCAAGUUUGCGUCUUCGGUUAUUUUCUUGUCCUUGUGCUCUCUUUUGUUCGUCACCUUCUCUCUUUCGUCCGUAUAAAUUAAUACUGGUCACGUCUCUCUCAAGCUAGCUUGAGGUCUCUAGCUCUCUGAUCUCUCUCCAUGGAGAGUCCUCCAGUACCGCUUCUCUCUCUCCUGAUUCUCGCCUUCUCCAUUUCGGCCUCGGCAACCACCAUUCGAGCCAUUUUCACAUUCGGAGACUCGAUUUUCGACGCGGGCAACAACCAUUUCAACAAGAACUGCACUGCGCAAGCAGAUUUCCCGCCUUACGGAUCGAGCUUUUUCCACCGCUCUACGGGAAGGUUCACCAACGGCAGAACGGUUGUCGACUUCAUAUCUCAAUUUGCUGGGAUAGAACUGCAAAAGCCAUAUCUUCAGGCACAGAUUGAAGUGGCAAAUGGAAGCACAAAGGAUUACCCAUCCAAUGGCAUCAACUUUGCAAGUGCUGGCAGCGGAGUUUUGCACGACACAAAUGAGGAUUUGGCAGUGACACCACUCCAAGUCCAGCUUCAACAAUUCCAGACCCUAAUAGACCAAAACCAGAUCGACAAACAACUCCUCCAUAACUCGCUCUUCCUAUUCGAGUCCGGUUCAAACGACAUCUUCAACUACUUCCUCCCGCUUGAUCCCCCAGCCCUGAACCCAGAUGCCUAUGUUCAAGCCAUGUUGACGCAAGUUGGACAAUUCAUGGACCAGAUUUACAAACUCGGGGCUCAUCGCAUCGCCGUGUUUUCGCUGGGCCCUGUGGGCUGUGUUCCGGCCAGGGCCCUCCUGCCCGGCACACCGGUGGACCGGUGCUUCGGGAAGAUGGACCAGAUGGUGAAGAACUACAACCAGGGUUUGGAAACUGUGGUGAAGAGUAUACCCAGCAAGUAUCCUGGUGCAGUUGGUGUGUAUGGAGCUGUUUAUGACAUUGUUCAACUCUUUCGGGCAAUUCCAAAGCGCUAUGGCUUCCUGAAUGUAUCAAACGCAUGUUGUGGGGAUGGAACUCUUGGAGGGCUGGUGCAAUGCGGCAAAGAGGGUUACACCGUCUGUCCAAACCCGGAUCAGUUUCUGUUCUGGGAUUAUUUUCAUCCCUCGGAGCAUACUUACCACCUCAUAUCCAAGAUUCUAUGGAGUGGAAGCCAAUCCCGGAUAAGGCCCCUCAAUUUGAAGGCUCUAGCAAACCUUACGGCCGUAUGAGCGCGCAGCACCAGAGAAUUACUAUAAAACCAGGAUAAGCAAUGAAGCAAAAGGAAUGAAUUUGGUCAGGUCAUGAAACAAGACUUUAGACAUGUAUCUUAUGGAGAUUUAUAGU